AUGAGCUUCUUCGCACCAAAGGAUUACCCUGUAACACAGGAAUCACCCGCUGACUCGGAGAAGGGGGUGCCUUCUAACAGCUACACUCCGGGAGAUGGACACGAGCCUGAGAACCUCCGGGAAAAGGACUUCCUCACCCGCAAUGGCCUCAACCUGGCGAGUUUCGGGAGGCGUGACUGCACAGGCGCGGAGGGCCUUGAUCGCUCCAUGAAGUCGCGCCACCUGAACAUGAUUGCCAUUGGAGGGUCGAUCGGUGCUGGUUUCUUCGUGGGCGCUGGAGGAGCGUUGACUCGAGGCGGUCCGGCUUCUCUCCUCAUCUGUUUCCUUAUUACCGGAGUCAUGAUCUUCAAUGUCGUCUACGCCCUCGGAGAGCUGGCCGUCAUGUAUCCCAUCAGCGGAGGUUUCUAUACUUACUCGGUUCGCUUUAUCGACCCUUCAUGGGGCUUUGCGAUGGGUUGGAAUUACGUCUUUCAGUGGAUCAUCGUCCUACCGCUCGAACUGACCGUCUGCUCCUUCACUGUCCAGUACUGGAACAAAGACAUAAGUGUCGCCGUCUGGAUCACCAUGUUCUGGGUCUUCAUUAUCAUUGUCAACGUCUUCGGUACUCUGGGCUAUGCCGAAGAGGAAUUCUGGGCGUCGCUCUUCAAACUCCUGGCGACUAUCAUCUUCAUGGUCGUUGCUGUCGUUCUCAUUUGCGGUGGUGGCCCCUCGAGCGGCAUCUAUGACGAGUACUGGGGUGCCCGGCUGUGGUACAACCCUGGUGCCUUCCAGAAUGGUUUCCGUGGCUUUUGCUCCGUGUUUGUGACGGCGGCGUUUGCAUUCGCUGGUACUGAGCUGGUUGGCCUUGCUGCCGCCGAGUCCAGAAACCCCAGCAAGUCCCUUCCAAGCGCGAUCAAACAGGUCUUCUGGCGUAUCACUCUAUUCUACAUUCUUGGUCUCACCUUCGUCGGCCUCUUGGUCAGCUCCACGGACGACCGUCUCCUCAACGCGUCCAACCCGUACGCGGACGGCACAUCGCCUUUCGUGCUCGCGCCCCUCUAUGCCGGCCUGAUCGGCUACGACAGUUUCAUGAACGUGGUCAUUCUCGUCUCGGUCGUGUCGAUUGGUGUUUCCAGCGUCUAUGGCGGUUCGCGCACCUUGACCGCCCUCGCUCAGCAGGGGUAUGCGCCCAAGGUCUUUACCUAUAUUGACCGAUCAGGCCGGCCGUUGCCCUCUGUGGCACUCAACUUGGCAUUUGGCGCAUUGGCUUACGUUGUACUCGCCUCGUCCGGGAGCAUUGUCUUCGACUGGCUGCUCGCGCUGUCUGGUCUUGCUGCCCUCUUUACCUGGGGUUCUAUCUGCGUGGCACACAUCCGAUUCCGAGCAGCAUGGGCCCACGCUGGACGCAGCCUUGACGAGAUCCCCUUCAGGGCCAUUGGCGGGGUGUGGGGGUCAUGGUUGGGCCUGUUCCUUGUCUUUAUUGCGCUGGCGGCGCAGUUCUUCGUCGCCAUUGCCCCACCCUUCACGACCGACCUGGGCAGCGCCGAGGACUUCUUCAAGGCGUACCUGGCCCUCCCUGUGGUGCUCUUCUUCUGGGCCUGCGGCUACCUCUGGAAGCGCAACGGCUUCCUCCGCCUGGACCAAAUCGAUCUAGACACGGGUCGUCGCGAGCACGAUUGGGAGACUAUCAACGCGUUCAGGGCCAGGGUCGCGACUUGGCCGUGGUGGAGAAAGGCACUCAGUGCCAUUUUCUGA